AUGGCUAACGCUGCGAGGAAAAAAGCCUGGAGCCCGAAAUGCAAAACUGGAUGUCUUACUUGUCGGACACGACGUGUAAAAUGCGGAGAAGAGAAACCAGAAUGUCUUCGGUGCACAAAACUUGGACGCAAAUGCGAUUGGUAUGAUCCAGAUCGCCCGGAAAUGUCAAGCACGGGCCUGGCACGAAGGGCUAGUGCUGGAUCUUCGCCAACGGCAAGCUCAAUUGCUAGUCCCACUGCAAGCAUAAUUGCGACAUCAUCCGCUAUUAUUGAAAAGGAUGAAAGGGAAACAAGAAGCCUCAAUUUUUUCAUCAACAACACAGCGCCAGAACUAGCAGGUGAUUUUAAGUCUAGAUUCUGGAACAGUCUCGUUUUGCAAAGGUGUCACUCCGAUCCUCCCAUUCGCCAUGCGGUGAUUGCUCUGGGAGCUUUCCACGAGUUCUUCAAGUUUGGCGAUAAAAAGUUGUUGGAGGCAGGAGCUAUUGAUGAUCCUAAGUAA